UCGAGGCGGUGGGAAUGUACUGUGGCUCCGGCUGGGGAAGAGCGAAGGCUGUCCGGCUGAUUUCGCAGUGUCUCUUCGCUUCCCUGUUAACCUUCCAGACGGACAGACCCGCAUCGGCUGCGUGAGGACUGAAGACUAAAAACUGGAGCUCCACUGCGGUGUCACAGUUACUCCUGUAACGAGGAUAUCCGAUGGUGGUCUACAGAGGCACAAGGUGGUGUAUAGGGCUGACACACUGACUGUUUCUACAAAGGAGGGCAGCUCAGACACAGACACACCUGUGAUACCUCUGGCCAGUCUGAGCUCAUGGUGUGUAAUCGCUGGGAUAAAUUAGUGGCCUGGCCAAAGAGCGCAGUGUUGCUACAUGCAGUAAAGGCCACACAGAAUGUCGUGGCCCAGAGGCCUCUUUGUAGGCAGAGUGGACGAGCGAAAGACAGCAUGGGGAGAACGCAAUGGCAAAAAGAGGAAAGACAGCUCGUCACUGUGCAACCCACGCUACAUGAGCUGCCUAAGGGACCCUGAGGACCUUGAGCCCCCUAAUGCGGCCCCUCAGCAUUACCACUGUGGAGCAGGUACCAGUGGGGGUAGCUUUGGCUUGCGCUGUGGCUGGCAGGAGGACCAUUACGGGAAAAGGAUGGGUGGUGGAGGGGAUCUGGCUCUAAAGGCUGUGAACCUGGGCUUUGAAGAUGGUGAACUGAAGGGCAGGAAAGAGGAAGAAUUAGGGGAAUUAGCUGAGGGCAGCUGCAAGACGAUGACAGCAGCGGACUGCUGGAUGCGGAUUGUGUGGGUUUUCCAAUCUAAGAAAUUUCAGUCAGCCAAGCUUGAGCGCCUGUACCAACGCUACUUCUUCAGACUCAACCAGAGCUCUCUGACCAUGCUGAUGGGGGUGCUGGUCGUGGUGUGUGGGGUUAUGCUGGCCUUCCACUGCAUCCACACAACACCUGAUGUGGCCUACGUCUCCGUACUCUCUGUGGCUAUGGCUCUUUUCUUGGCCAUGAUGGUGGUGUGCAACCGCAAUGGCUUCCACCAGGACUACAUGUGGAUUGUGAGCUACCUAGUGAUCGGGGUGCUGAUUGUAGUGCAGGUUUUUGGGGUGCUGAUGGUGCAUCCCCGCAGUGCCUCGGAGGGAAUCUGGUGGACGGUCUUCUUCAUCUACAUUAUCUACACGCUGCUACCAGUCAGAAUGAGAGCUGCUGUGCUCAGUGGAGCUGUGCUGUCCACCAUACACGUAGUCACCGCAUGGCAACUCAACCUAGAAGACAAGUUCAUUUUCAAACAGAUCAGUGCCAAUGUGCUGAUCUUCCUUUGCACUAACAUGAUUGGGAUCUGUACUCACUACCCCGCUGAGGUCUCCCAGAGACAAGCCUUCCAGGAGACAAGAGGAUACAUCCAGGCCAGACUGCACCUGCAGAGGGAAAACCAGCAGCAGGAGCGCCUACUGCUGUCAGUGCUGCCAAGGCACGUUGCCAUGGAGAUGAAGGCUGAUAUCAAUGCCAAAAAGGAAGAUAUGAUGUUCCACAAGAUCUACAUCCAAAAACACGACAAUGUUAGUAUACUGUUUGCAGACAUUGAGGGCUUCACCAGCCUGGCAUCUCAGUGUACGGCCCAGGAGCUGGUCAUGACGCUGAAUGAACUGUUUGCUCGCUUUGACAAACUGGCCUCGGAGAACCACUGCCUGCGUAUUAAAAUCCUAGGGGACUGUUACUACUGUGUGUCAGGGCUGCCUGAGCCCCGGGCUGACCACGCCCACUGCUGUGUGGAGAUGGGAGUAGAUAUGAUUGAAGCUAUCUCGCUGGUGAGAGAGGUGACGGGUGUUAAUGUGAACAUGCGGGUGGGCAUCCACAGCGGGCGCGUUCACUGUGGGGUGCUGGGCCUGCGCAAGUGGCAAUUUGAUGUCUGGUCCAACGACGUGACGCUUGCCAACCAAAUGGAAGCUGGGGGGAAGGCUGGGCGUAUCCACAUCACUAAAGCAACGCUGCAGUAUCUGAACGGAGACUAUGAGGUGGAACCAGGAUUUGGAGGAGAGAGGAACGCUUACCUGAAAGAGAACAACAUUGAAACCUUCUUAGUGCUGGGCUGCAGCCAGAAGAGGAAAGAGGAGAAAGCCAUGAUGGCAAAGAUGCAGCGAGCACGUGCAAAUUCUGCCGAGGGAUUGAUGCCACGCUGGGUGCCUGACAGAUCCUUCUCCAGAACUAAGGAGUCCAAAGUCUUCAGGCAGAUGGGCAUCGAUGAAGCAUCCAGCAAAGACAACCGCUGUGCUCAGGAGGCCCUGAACCCUGAGGAUGAGGUGGAUGAGUUUCUUGGACGGGCUAUAGAUGCACGCAGCAUCGACCAGCUGAGGAAAGACCAUGUCAAAAAGUUCUUACUCACUUUUCAGACUGCAGAUCUUGAGAAAAAGUACUCCAAAAAGGUUGAUGAUCGUUUUGGGGGAUAUGUGGCCUGCACACUCCUUGUUUUCUGUUGCAUCUGUUUCAUUCAGAUGAUCAUUUUCCCAAAAACAACACUUAUGCUUGGUCUAUACAUCAGCGUCUUCAUCAUCCUUGCCAACAUCCUCUUCAUCUGUGCCAUUUACUCCUGCAUCAAACUCUUCCCAGCUGUCUUGCAGACUGUAACCAAGAAAAUUGUCCAGUCUCGUGCAAAUAGCACACUGGUGGGAGUCUUGACCAUCCUCCUCCUCUUCAUCUCUUCCUUUGCUAACAUGUUUACCUGCAGCAGAGACAAACUGCAGGAUUGCGUGGCCAAUGAGCUGAACACAUCAGCGACUCUCUGCCUGCUGCACAGCUUGACCAAGACAGCAGAGGACGGCUUGACUCUGUGUUCUAGCCAGGCCAUGCCCUGCCAUUUCCCUGAGUAUUUCAGCUACAGCGUGCUGCUGACCCUGCUGGCCUGCUCUGUGUUCCUCCACAUCAGCAGCAUAGGGAAGCUGGCUCUGAUGCUGCUCAUCCAGCUCACUUUCCUCCUGCUGGUGGAAUGGCCUCAGGUGGCCCUGUUUGACAAUGCAGACCUGCUGGUCAUUGCCAACACCCUGCCAUCACCUGUCAAUGAUUCCCUAAAACAACUUGGUUUCAAUGAAACAGAACAGUGCCUGGAGAGCGUGACCAAGGUAUCCCUAAAGGUUAUGACCCCGGUAAUUCUGACUGUGUUUGUCUUGGCUCUCUACUUGCACGGCCAGCAGGUGGAGUCCACCGCACGCCUUGACUUCCUCUGGAAGCUGCAGGCCACAGAGGAAAAGGAGGAGAUGGAGGAGCUGCAGGCAUAUAACCGCCGCCUGCUCCACAACAUCCUACCCAAAGACGUAGCUGCCCACUUUCUUGCACGAGAGAGACGGAAUGACGAGCUGUACUACCAGUCGUGUGAGUGUGUCGCUGUCAUGUUUGCCUCCAUCAGCAACUUUUCCGAGUUUUAUGUGGAGCUGGAGGCUAACAAUGAGGGAGUGGAAUGUCUUAGGCUGCUCAACGAGAUCAUCGCAGAUUUUGACGAGAUCAUCAGUGAGGAGAAGUUCCGUCAGCUGGAGAAAAUCAAGACCAUUGGUUCCACCUACAUGGCUGCCUCAGGCCUCAAUGACUCUACCUAUGACAAAGAGGGCCGCUCACACAUCCUGGCUCUGGCAGACUACGCCAUGAGGCUUAGGGAACAGAUGAAAUACAUUAACGAGCACUCCUUCAACAACUUCCAGAUGAAGAUAGGACUGAACAUGGGCCCGGUGGUAGCAGGAGUGAUUGGAGCCAGGAAACCCCAGUAUGACAUUUGGGGUAACACAGUUAAUGUGGCCAGCCGGAUGGACAGCACAGGAGUACCAGACUGCAUCCAGGUGACCACGGACUUGUACCACGUGCUGGUCAAAAACGGAUAUCAGCUGGACCAUCGAGGUGUUGUCAAGGUGAAGGGGAAGGGGGAGAUGACCACUUACUUCCUCACCAGCGGUCCCCCGGGCAGUUAACGACAGACCGGCCAACCGACCGCAGCGUGACUCCCACUGCACCGACAAGACAGAGACUGCGGAGAGACGGAGCGGUCAGCUGAAGCACGGUGCAAACACACUAGGGACAGAGGGCGUCCGACAGAGGCAAGUUUGGCCUGUCUGUAUGUUGUCACACACUCGGAUGCACACAUGUAGGACGUUGUUCAUGUUUGAAGGCUUUUUCCCAAGCUGCUCGAGAGAUCAUGAAGCCUAGUUGCCUUAGGACAGAAGUGGCUAUGCUUGUGUUUUAUGAGCAAUAGUACAAGUAUUUCAUCUGGAGUCAUUAUUUAUUUUCCUGCGGAUGGAUUUUUGUGAUGAACUUGUACAAAAAAAGAAAAUAUAUGUAAACAAAAAACACAACUAUGUUACUAAUAAAGAAAAUAUGCAAGGACAACAUGAAGGAUGAAAAUGACCAAAGAACAAAUGUUUGAUAUGAAACACACAGUAAUGAUUCUGUAUAAAACGUACAGUAAUCUUAAGUAAUUUAUUUGUCUUUUGACAGCAAAGGCCACGGUUAUGUCACUGUCAUUGAUAGCGACAAACACUUUUCUUUUUCUUGUGGACUUAUUCAUGAUGGAGGACACUCACACGCACAUGUACGCAGAUAGAAAAACACAAACAACCUUGGCUUGAACUUCUGAGUUUCUUAUCAGGGCCUUUUUUGUUUCUUCCAGCCUGUGAUUAGCCACAGUCUGGAUAUGAGUGUGUCUGCGAUUCACUGAAAUGUAUGAUUGAUUACUCACUCCCUGCAAUGUAUUUUUGGUUUGAGCCAAAACAGGAAGUAUGAAAUGAAGGAAGAACAGUUGCAUUAGUAUCAUGGUACUGAAGCAAGAUUGUUAAAUUGUUAUGAAACCUUUUCUAUAAGUGUGCGUGAGAACCGUGUGUGUGUGUGUGUGUGUGUGUGUGUGUGUGUGUGUGUGUGUGUGUGUGUGUGUGGGUUAUGUGAGCAUACAUAACUGAAUGCUGAUCUUUAUCUAUAAAGGGGCAUACUGUAACUUUUCACUGUGAGGUUUUUAUGAUACUGUAUGACAAUGCUUUCAUGCCAAACUGGUUGCUGCAAGGCAUGUUUUAUAUUAUUCUUCAGAAUUGUGUGUCCAUUCCUGAUUUCCUGUGUCAAAUGAUCAUUUGAAGAGAAUAAUGCGCCUUUUACUGGACUGUGAUUUUGACUGAUUUCAUUCCGACCUAAAUAAGCAAAACCCUGUGAAAGGUAUAUUUUGGAUUGUGUUACGUUGUGUGGUCUGCAUAAACUGGUUUCCUGACAGCUUUAGGAUUAAGUGUAUGCAGUUUGCUCACAAGUAUUGCCUUGACAUUAUGUGGUUCCACAGUCCGAGUACGUCAUGGAUCAAUAUUCAAAACUUUAUAGUAUUUGACACUAUCUGGUUGUAUUUGGCACUUGGUGGCCUUGGUGGCCUGACCCCCUCCCCAAGUUAGUCAUUCAAAACAAUAAUACCAUGAAUGUAUGUAAUACAGAGUAUUUACUACUGAAGAAAACCCCUGAAUCAUUGUACUAGAAGUCAAAUUGAUUGGCCUUCUUAUUUGCUGAAAAGUGAGGGUGUAUUUUAUAUUUAGUACACCAGGUGUUUAAUUUGUUUCUGUAUGAGCCUAAAGUACAAUCCCACCUCAAUAGGCUACAAAAGAGAUCCUCACUUUCACAUGUCCCUCUUUUCUGUCCUUUUGAUGAAAUGUCAACCAUGUCAAAUGUCAAACAUUGUUGCGUUUUCCUUUUAAAAAGUGUCUGGGUUGAAGAAAUAGUGCAAUGAUUGAUUUGAUUCAUUUCCCCUUGGAUAAGAAAUUAAUAAAUGGCUGUUUUUUG